CUCCAUGUUAUUUGGAGCUCCUGUGAGCUAGCCGAGCUCCUGACUAACAAACAGGACGGGUACCUGGCUAUCAUAAUGCCGGUUUUACGGGAAGGGGAAAGUAUGCCGAUGGUUCGGACGCGAUGAUUUGUCCGUGUCUCCUGAUGGGCUGCGCAACAUUAAUUAGCUGGCAGGUGGUAUUCCCAAGUGAGGAGGCUAGGGGGGCAUCGAUACUCGAUUCUCAAUGGAAAAUCAGGGCAGAGCAGCGAGCUAGAGAGACCAGAGAGGGCAAGAGAAGGCCUGAGGGGCCCAGUGAAGGGAGCGAGGCACGCGAGGUAGCAAGCGGUCAACUCUCGCGUCUCUCAGAAAAGUGACGAGCCAGUCUGAGAGAUGAGCAUUUGCCCUUGCCAGAUGCAAUCUUGCGUCACAU